GUGAUAUAUCAUAUCAGCCAGAUCAGAUAGUAGGAGACAAUCAGGAAAAUGUGGAGUGUAUUUUACAAAAGGCUGGUUUGACAGGGUAUAACAUUUCAGGAAAUGAACAGGUGGUCAUUCCACAGUGGCAUAAAUCUAUUUUACAAGAUCUUGUUUAUGAAAGAAGAAAAAUGAUGGUCGUUGGACAACAAACGCUAUUAACUGACCCUGAAACGGAUCUUGACACAACAUUCGAUGUUUUGGAUGAAACCCUACCAAAUGCAGAUUUUGUUGAAUCAACAAUAAAAGGGCAAUGUUUUUCCGGAGAAACUGCGAGAACUGAAACAAACGUAAGCAGCAGAAAUGCUGAGAAAUCACAAUUAGGAUCACAACGAAAGGUGACAGAGUGGAUGCAACACAUCGAUUGCGACACAUCUGAGGCGCAGGCCAAAUGCAAUCUUCAAGAGAAAUCGUUAGAUGCUCGUCUCUGGGACCGUUUCCAAAUGAUCCCUCGUGAAAGAGUUUCUACAAGUGAUACAUUCCGACCAUUUUUACGGCUUUUUAAGGUCCUGUGUUAUACCCUUUUAUUCUGUAUAGUACUUGGUUCAGCAGUUGCAGCAAAAACCUCUAUCCUUUUGAUGACGUCUAGCAUUGUAAAGGAUGAAAAUGUGCGGAGCGUCGACAACUCCCCAACACAUACAAUGCUAAUCAUUAGUAUUUGCUUUCCAUAUGUUUUAUGGGUGAUUGGUUACACAGCAAAAUCUUUGUUUGGAAGCUGUGCAUGGCCGUCUUUAAAGACGACAACCGUGAUGCUGUUCAUAGAGCUCCUCCACAGCUUUGGUUUAUGUUUGAUGGUGUUCCACAUUCUUCCAAAAACAGAUAUGGCCAGAUGUCUGAUACACUUGAGUGGAAUAUUUGUUAUUCCAGCUUUUCUAAAAACGCUAUUUGUCAUUACAGACAAAUCUCUUUCGGGCAUUAAGCGAGUAACGCUGACACUGAUUAAUGGAAUAGCUUUUCUGAUUCAAUUUGGAAAUUUGGCAGCUACUUGCAUGUUUAGCAUUCCACUUACAGAUGGAGAAAAGCAGUCACUUGUAAAUGACGUCAUUGACAAUACUCACGUAAUCACGACGAUUCAACGACAACGCCCUCUGUUUACAAACAGAAUAAUCUGGGAGGUUCCAAUGGCGUUGAUUUUUGUUUCACUGUCAUUUUGGGAAAAUUAUGCAGAAGGAGAUUUAUAUAUAUGCUCAUUCAAAAUACCUCUUCUUGACUGGAAAAAGAAUUUGUUGCUUGUAAAACAAAGACUUUACAUAUUAAUUGGAUUGUGGAAGAUUGGUUGGACUUUAAUCUUUGCGGUAUUAUUAGUUCCAGGACUGAAUUUCAAUAUGAAUUUUUCUGAUCUAAAUUCAGUUGCAGGCAAUCAUACGAAAAACAAUAGCACAGACCUUUUACCACUGGCCGAAAAGAAAAUUGAUGCACCUACCUUUGGAAUAACAACAAGCCCACUAGUUAGUGGCAUUGAUGAUUUUUCGCAAAUUAAUCUGACGAAGGCAAUCAAAGACCAAGGAAUUAAAUCUGUGCUGCACCUCACCGAGGAAAUGUUAGAUCGCGAACAAAAAGUGACAGGAAAGAACCAAAACAUUACAAACAUGAAGAAAAACAAUACUUCCAAUGAUUACCGGUACAUUUCUGAAGUCAUAAGAUUGAACUUUGAAAAAUACGGAGUAUUGUAUUUGAAUAUUAUUUCAAAUUGUCUCAUGGCAUAUUUUGGGAGUCUCGCGUGCAAAUUGUGUAUGCAACUAUUAGGGUUUACAGUCCCGAUGUUUUUAGCAACGCCUAUAACAUUUGGACUUAUCAUUGCCCAAUGUAAUGAUCGGUUUAUACCUUCGUAUAUUUAUGUGUGGGUUUGUCCAGAAUCAAAGGGAGAUAUUCGACUGUUCCAUCUUCUUUGGCUUGGUGCAAUUUGGAUAUCACAGAUAAUCACCACGUCACAUAUCUGGUUUCCCCGAAACGGAAGGAUGGCUAAAGUUGACAGACUCUUCGUAACUCCAUUGAGGUGCGGGAUUUUUACAGAUCUUUCAUUAACGCUUCGCCGAAGACUUAAUGAUAGAGAUUUUAAUCUCUUCAAUAACGAAGAAGAAUGCUCUUUUAUUUCUGAAGAUGACGAAAUUCACAAGGCAGAUGAUGUUGUUCCACAAAUAUAUGCGUGUGCAACUAUGUGGCACGAAACUAGAAACGAAAUGAUUCAGCUAUUAAAGUCCAUAUUUCGAAUGGAUGUUGAUCACAGUGGCCGAUCUCUAGCACAAAAAUUCUACUGCAUACGAGAUCCGGAUUAUUACGAAUUCGAAGCUCAUAUAUUCUUUGACGAUGCAUUCGAUGUACAAGACGACAAUCAUACUUCUGUUCCAAAUGAGUUUGUGGCUGAAUUUGUUGACUGCAUCGAUGAUGCCUUAAGUUCUGUUCAUGCGAGACAACUUCAACUUGGCCCUCCUAUGCGAACAUCUACACCUUACGGGGCAAGAUUAACAUGGAGAUUACCAGGUUCAACUAAAUUGGUGGUUCAUCUUAAGGAUAGACAAAAGAUAAGGCACAAAAAAAGAUGGUCUCAGGUGAUGUACAUGUAUUAUCUUCUUGGGUACAGAAUUCUCGCUCAACCUGAAAAUUUGCUUCCCAGAGAUGAAAGAAUUUUUGUGUCUUCAUCCGAGGAAACUAAUAGAAGUACGCGGUUGACCUCAUCGCAACUCCGACACAGGCGUCAAGCCUCACACUUUACCAGAAGUGUUAUUUUUAAUUACACAUCCGAAGAAGUUCACACACAGGCAGAAAAUACUUUUAUUUUGACUCUUGACGGUGAUGUGGAGUUUAAACCUGAUGCAGUUCGACUUUUGGUUGACAGACUGAAAAAGAACAAAAAAGUUGGUGCUGCUUGUGGUCGCAUCCACCCAAUUGGCUCAGGUCCGAUUGUCUGGUAUCAAGAAUUCGAGUAUGCCAUUGGCCAUUGGCUGCAGAAAGCCACUGAACAUGUCUUUGGGUGUGUUCUUUGUGCCCCUGGGUGUUUCAGCUUGUUUAGAGGAUCGGCCCUCAUGGACGAUAACGUUGCUAGAUGUUAUGCAAUUAGAGCAAGUGAAGCCGGUCAUUAUGUACAGUAUGAUCAAGGAGAGGACAGAUGGCUCAGCACACUUCUUUUACAACAAGGAUACAGAAUCGAUUAUUGUGCUGCUUCAGACGCCCUUACACAUGCACCUGAGACGUUUUCCGAAUUUUUCAAUCAACGUCGUAGAUGGGGACCUUCAACUCUAGCGAAUUUGAUUGAUCUUUUAGGGGACUGGAAAAAUACUGUGCGGCUCAACGACAAUAUAAGCACACCUUACGUUUUGUACCAGUUCUUCCUUCUAGUGUCUACCAUAUUAGGUCCAGCUACAGUACUUUUGAUGAUGGCAGGAGCAUUUACUGUCGUAUUUAAAACAACAGUCUUGGAAUCAUAUGUGAUAUCUUUGGUACCAGCAAUAGUUCUCAUUGUUGUAUGCACUUAUGCAAAACCAAGUACGCAAAUCAUAGUCGCUACUAUUGCAAGCGCAUGUUAUGCAAUUGUCAUGACGAUUGUUUUAGUUGGUACAGUUGGAACUGCUAUAGAAGGAGGUCUAACAAGCCCAAAUGUUGUUUUUCUCUGCAUGUUAGUUAUCAUAUACUUUAUUGCUGCUUUACUGCAUCCAGAGGAAUUUGCUUGUGUUAUACCUGGAGCUUUAUACUUUAUAUGUAUCCCCUCGGGUUAUCUUGUCUUAACAAUUUAUUACCUGUGCAACAUGCAUGUAGUGUCUUGGGGUACACGUGAAACUGUUUCGUACAAAAGCAAAAACCAAAUGGAUGAAGAACAAAAGGUUUUGGAAGAAAAAAGUAAAACCAAAAAAAGCAAACACGGAAUACUUGGAUGGCUUGGAAUUACUUCUAUUUUUAACGAGGCUGUGGAACUUUUUCGUCAGGCCCGUUCAUUUUCGUUUGAAUCAAAUUCAAAUUCAAAAACGGACACAUUGUUAGAAGAAUUGAUAACGGAACUACGUAACAGCCAUAUGCCAAAUGUUGAUGACAAAGAAGUAUGUUGUAAUACAUCAGUAACAAAAUCAAAACAUUCUACAGUUUCCCAGGAUUCAAUUAGUACAGAUAUUGUGAAGGGCAGAGAUCUUAGGCAUAGCAAACGGAAAAAUGAUGAUUGCUUAUUAGAAAAUCUUGCUUUCGGAGAUGGUCCUAUAAAAUCUUUAGAGGAGAGAGAGAUAACUUUUUGGAAACAAAUGUUACAGAAGUAUCUUUAUCCUAUAAAAGAAGAUAAACUCCAUCAACAAAAGAUGGCAAACUCCCUUAAAAACUUGCGAAACAAUGUCGUGUUUGGAUUUUUUAUGACGUCGGCACUUUGGAUUGCUCUUACAAUGCAACUUCAACUAUUACAAGAUGAUUUUAAGGACACAGUGUUGUUCAUCAAAAUUCCACAUUUUUAUUCUUCAGAAAAACAAAUGACGUUUGAACCUCUAGGCAUGAUUUUUUUAGCACUGUUUUCUGCAAUACUGCUUUUCCAGUUUCUGGGAAUGCUUUCACAUCGUUGGGGGACAAUUCUUCAUGUUCUGUCCAUUACUGAUAUUGAUUGCAGUCAAAAGUUCACGGAGAAAUACAAAGUUCAAGAAGUAAUUGCUAAAGCAAUGGAGCUACAAAGAGUUUGUAAUAUUGAAAAUGAACCUGAACCCGAUUAUGAUGAUCCUUUGCCAGAUUACGAAGAUGAUGAUUUAGAAGAUGACGACGAAACGUUAUCGACUGCAUACACAAGUUCUUCGUCCUCUACUACCGAUCACGCGAACCAGCAGACCAGUGGUGUGUUUAAAAGGUCGUCUCUUCGUCGUAGAAAUAGCGCCGUGUUCAACAGACGUGGACUAACAACAGGAAGAACUCUGCGCAGGGCAUUUGAACGACGAUAUAGAUAUCAACUUCAAAAAGAAAAAGGCGUCGAUCAACACAGCGAAUCUGGUUUCAAUCACCUGAAAGAUGGCGAGCUAAACGACGGAUUUUUAAGUGUAUAGAAAUGGGCGUUAGAAAAAAAAUUGUUUUAGGUGCAAAUUUAUAUGUACCGUGUACCGCCUAUUAAAUAAACAUAAAUGUAUAUAUCAACUAUCAA